CAGUACUCUGUCUAAUGAAACGUUGCUUCAGGAUCACGUUGCUGCAUCCGGCUCUUCCUUACAGGGUUACCUCCAGCUUCUCCCCUCCUAAAUUCCUGGAACUUUUCCUGAUGCACAUCCGGCUGCGCUGUGAAUUAUUAAAGCAGAGGUGGGUUCGGUUUGUCGGGGGCCGACCUGACAGCCCGUCUCUGGUUCUCAGAGUGACGGCUGCUCUCUGUAGAGGUUUGAUGCUCUCUAGGAAAGGUCAGACUCUCCUUCGUUCCCACGCUGCCCUCUGAGGAAGACCAUGGGCGACUCUUCGGCCGUCUGGCUGCAGGGCAACGAGCUGCUGUUUCUGGCCGCCUGUGUUUCUCACUGCUGGUCUCUGUGUCUGUGUGUCUGCGUGUUCCUGGAAGGCAGAGCGACCCGGAGGCGAGUGGGCAGCGGUGGCAUGCGACUGGGCAGCAGCAGCUGGAGCUGGCAGCUCUCCCGGGCCAUGAGACUGGCGCUGCGCUGGUGCCGCCUGCGGAAAGCCGGUCGGGGCGGAGGCCGGCUGUCGGAGCUGUGGAGCUACAGCAAACUGCUGCUUCGCUCCCUGUUUUCCAACAGCCUGAGCGACUCGGACACGCUGCUGGACUGCGCGUUUGAGCCGGUGUACUGGAUCGUGGACAACGUGACCCGUUGGUUUGGAGUGGUGUUUGUGUGCCUAGUGGUCCUACUGACGUCCUCUGUGGUGAUCAUCGUCUACCUGUUUGUCCUGCCGACCAUCUUAACCACUUACCCGGUGCACUGGAUCGCCUGGCAUCUCUGCUGCGGCCACUGGCUCCUCCUGCUGGUGGUCUUCCAUUACUACAAGGCCACCACCACCUCCCCUGGACACCCCCCUAAGGAAAAGCGGGACGUUCCCUCCGUUUCCAUCUGUAAGAAAUGCAUCACACCCAAACCGCCGAGGACUCAUCACUGCAGCAUCUGCAGCGUGUGCGUCCUGAAGAUGGACCAUCACUGCCCGUGGCUGAACAACUGUGUGGGUCACCUGAACCAUCGCUACUUCUUCUCCUUCUGCCUCUACAUGACCCUGGGCUGCAUCUACUGCAGCAUCAGCAGCAGAGAUCUGUUCCUGGAGGCGUACGACGCCAUAGAGACGUCCUUCCAGACUCCUCCUCCUCCACAUCACAGCCAAGAAGAAAGCGUUUCUCAGAAGUGCAUCAUCUUCCUCUGGGUUCUGACCAGCUCGGUCGCCGUGGCUCUUGGAGGACUCACCCUGUGGCACGCCAGGCUGAUUGGCAGAGGAGAGACCAGCGUGGAGCGCCACAUCAACCGCAAGGAGGCCAGAAGGCUGCGGGAGCAGGGGAAGGUUUUCAGAAAUCCGUACCAUCAUGGCCGACUCAACAACUGGAAAUUAUUCUUUGGAGUCGAAACAAAGAGUCACUGGAUCACCCGGGUCCUCCUGCCCUCCAGCCAUCCUCCCAGUGGAGACGGCAUCCUGUGGGACCACACCUUCUCCAGAAGCGACCUUUUGGCCAUCUGAGCUUCCUCCCUCCUUACAGGCCGACGCCUGAUUUAAUCCUGCUACUUGAAAACAUCCAACAGUGAAGGAGAAUCUGAAGGAUGCUGGGUUCUAACUCGCUGGUUCUGGACCAGUAGUCAUCCUGCCCCCCACUGGAUAGGCGGUUCUGCUGGCCACCAUCUUGGAGAUGACCUGCAGCAUCAUGGCGGUCUGCUCCUACAGGGGGCAGACCUUUCAGCUGUGGGAUUUAAACCUGAAAUGUUUUAUUUGCUGCAGCUGGGAGCUGAUUGUUGAAUCUAUGGAGUAAAAUAUGUGCCAAAGAACGCAUUUUGUAAAUGGAAAUAUGUGAAAAAAGCACUCCAGAGAUAAAAUUUUGAAAAAUAUUUUAAUCAAAAAAAUAUUGAGGGUAGUUAAACUACUAAGUUCUCAGAUUUUUUUUUUUGUUGUUUUUAAGUUUUUCAAAUUUCCUUUUCAAUUUAUUUUUACAAUUUACAUUCUUUUCAAACUGCAUUUUACAUUCUAUUUGCUUUUGACCAACAGAAAUGCCAUUGCACCACAUUUUAAAAUAUAGAAAUAAAACAAACAUUUGAAAAAAUGAAAUUAGUUUAAAAAGAGUGGAAAAAAAUAUAUACUUUUUUUUUUAAGAAAACGUAUUUAAAAUGUAAUUUCUAGACUGCAUUUUUACACAUUUUCCUUUACAGAAGGUUUUCUUUGCAACAAUACUGGAACAAA